CCCGGUGGCGGUGGCGGCGCAGAGCUGCGGGCGCCCUGCAGUUGGGACUCUGGGACGCCCGGGACGCGGCUCGGACCCCGCGCCAGCACGCUCCGGUGGGACUCGGCUUGCACAGUGAGGCCCCUGGGUUCUCGGUCUGUCUCCCACUUGAGACCUUCUGAGAUGCGGGCUCUGGGCGCAGCGGGAGCUGCUCGGCUCUGGGUCGCCCUGGUAGCAGUGGCGCUGGGCAGCCAGCCUCUGCUGCGAGUGAGCGCCACCUUGAACUCGGUUCUGGUCAAUUCCAACGCCAUCAAGAACGUUCCCCCGCCGCUGGGGGGCGCUGCCGGGCACCCGGGCUCCGCGGUCAGCGCCGCGCCCGGGAUUCUGUACGAGGGCGGGAACAAGUACCAGGCGCUUGACAAUUACCAGCCCUACCCGUGCGCGGAGGACGAGGAGUGCAGCACCGACGAGUACUGCUCCAGCCCGGCCCGCGCAGGCGGCGCCGGCGUGCAGGUCUGCCUCGCCUGCCGGAAGCGCCGCAAACGCUGCAUGCGCCACGCGAUGUGCUGCCCGGGAAAUUACUGCAAAAACGGAAUAUGUAUGCCUUCUGAUCCCAGUCAUUUCCAUAGAGGGGAAAUCGAGGAAACCAUCAUUGAAAGCUUUGGUAAUGAUCAUGGCACCUUGGAUGGGUACUCCAGAAGAACCACACUGUCUUCCAAAAUCUAUCACACCAAAGGACAAGAAGGUUCUGUCUGUCUUCGAUCAUCAGACUGUGCCACAGGAUUGUGUUGUGCUAGACACUUCUGGUCCAAAAUCUGUAAACCUGUCCUCAAAGAAGGUCAAGUAUGUACCAAACACCGGAGAAAAGGCUCCCAUGGUCUGGAGAUAUUCCAGCGCUGUUACUGUGGAGAAGGGCUGACUUGCCGGAUACAGAAAGAUCACCAUCAAGCCAGUAAUUCUUCGAGGCUUCACACCUGUCAACGACACUAACCUGGCUGUCCAAAUGAAGUGGACUCCAUUUAUAUAAUAUAUGCUAUGAAAAUCUUUUAUGACUAGUCAGCUCAGUCCUAAGGAUGUACACAUUUUGUGACUAUAGUUAAGCAUUCCAAUAAUGUCUUCCGAAAAUGUGGAGUGUGAGAGCUUUGUUUCUUUAUGAAACUCCCUUGUGGUUGCAGUAAAUUACUGUGUUGUAAAUUCUCAGUGUGGCACUUACCUGUAAAUGCAAAAAAACUUAAUUAUUUUUCUAAAGGUGCUGCAUUGCCUAUUCUUUCUUUUAUGUAAAUUUUUGUGCACAUUGAUUGUUAUCUUGACUAAUAAAUAUUCUAUGUUGAAC